AUGGAUGACAUCAUGGCUGGCGAUGAACGUCCGAUUGUCUUCUGGUCAGAGCGGGACAAGGAAGUGGUCCAAGAGCAGGACUUGAUUAACAACUUCGACUUGUUGAAGACCUACUUGUGGGUGGUGGGGCAUACAACACCGCUCCCUCACCUGCUUCACCAUGAGGCUGCCAUGAUCCUAUUGAGCGUCACCUUCAACAUGCAUGCUGGGGUUUACAAUGUCCGUGGUGGCCGAGGAUUAAUCAGAGACUGGGCCAAAGGACAAGCACUGAGACUUCGCUGCAUGGGCACACACCUCAUGAGCAUCACUCGGGGCUGUGCCAGCUGUGUGCAUUUGGAGGCCCAACAGCUAGAGGAAGCAUGUGAUGACUUGAUCGAUGCAGAUCAGCAGCUGGAGGAGGAAAAAACUGGAAAAGUUGCCGAGAAAUUCAACAAGAAGCAAGAGAAGCUCCAGGCAAAAGCCAUGGACAAUGCCACCAAGGAAAAGUCUUCGGCAAGGAAGGGAAGGGUUACCAAGGGAUCCGAGGGAGACAAGGUUGAAAAGAGGCCUCGUGGGAGGCCAAGGAAGGGGACUACCGAAGUUGAAACAAAGCCAGCCAAGAGGAAGGCCAAGGUUGUUACCCCAGUCAAAGCAAAGAAGCCAAGAAGGGAUUGGAAACCUUCACCCAUGGCUCUCAAGGUUCAGAAUCAGGCGUCAGACGCUCGCAUGGACCGAGCAAGGGCAGCUUUGGAGGAACUUGUUUCCGCCAUGAAGGCUGGCGACAAUGGUUUCGUGAUUGGGUUUGAGGCCCCAGAGAAAAAUUUCAAAAGGAAGUCUUACACAAUCAAUGUGGAUCCAAGCUGGCCCAAAGAUGAUGAUUCCAAGAUUGCUAGCAUCGGUGUGGUCUUAUACUCACGGAGCUUCUACUGCAACCGUGCCAUUGGUACCCCAUGGCCAAAGUUGGCUGUGCAAAGGGGUCUGCAAGUGGAUCGCAAAAGUGGCUGCACAGUGCCCUGGGGAGAUGAUAUUCAAAGCUCGUGGCUUCUGUCCAUGGAAAUCGCUGGAUGGCCGCUGAAUCAGGAGAGGGGGAAAGGGCGGUGCUGCCAGCACCAUGUGAUUUGA